GGAGUGGAAGAGUGACAGUGGUUACCCAUCCUUCUUGCUACUAAUUCUUAUCCGUCAAACUGAUGGUCCAAAAAGAUAAUCCCACCUACAAAUAUACUACAGAGGCUUCCUUCCUAGUAUUUAUAGUAAUUUCCAUUCCGCUGGCUCUGGCUCUGGCUCUGGUAAACAACCACACUCGGGCUCAUUAUUGCAUGCGAGUGCUAUAUAUAUAUAUAUAUAUUUGGCGUUGGAUUGGAGGGUCUCUGAGCUGAGAAAGGAGCACAGAGAGGUUAGCUAUUGAUGAGUAACACCAUUCAUAGCAGACGACUAAUUGGUGGUCGUCAUACGAUGAUUAUGAUGUUGAUGUUGUGGCUAUGGACUUGGAGGCUGAUCAUGAGUCUCAGCAGCAGCGGCGGCUGCGGCUUCCCUCAUGUGGCCGCGGCCGCGGCCGUGCCAGUGCCUCUGGCAUCAUCAGCAGCAGCAGAAGGUGAGGACGAGGACGAGGCGGAGGCUGAUCCCCCAAUUCCCAGGCCCUGGCCCCACCAAUUCCACUCCAUCCUCUUUGUCAACUUCACUGGAUCCCUCAGCCUCAUCGACCUCUGGUACGACUGGCCCAACGGCCGCAACUUCAACAUCAUCCGCGACCAGCUCCAGGACAGUGACUCCAUCCUCUAUGACCUCGAGUGGAACAAUGGCACCUCCUUCUUCUACACCCUCCCUGACCACCACCACCCAUCCUCCACCCCACCCUCGUGCCGCUCUGCUCAGCUCGACGUUGGGAUUCUCCGCCCCAACUGGCUCGACGGCGCCUCCUAUCUGGGCCAACGCCACGUCGACGGCUUCCUCUGCAAUGUUUGGGAGAAGCUGGACUUCAUCUGGUACUACGAGGACGUUGUCACUAAAAGGCCCGUUCACUGGCUCUUCUAUACUGGAACCCUGCCAAAUAGAACCACCAGCAAAUUGGACAGCAUCAUGCUACCAGUUAGCAGAUUUACAACACAUGCUAUUCUUACACAGCUUUGCUUUGAAAGACAGAGUACUACUCAAUUGCUCCUCUGUUUGAUAUGUAUACAGAAACAUAUUUACCAUCCCCUAUGUAAUAUAUUAGGUCCUCUCCCUCUUCCCCCCUCAUUUUUUGAGCUACUAUUAACUGAAGUGCUGUAAGGGGCUAUGAGGUUAGCAACCAUCAGACCAAGUGAUUGGUUUUAUGUUCUUUCUUGUGUAUUGUGUCUGCCAUUGAUUAAGUCUACCUGCAUGCUUCAUUUCUAACGUUGUACUUUUGCUUAGUUCUUUCAGUUUCAAGUGCAGGACUCCUCCUCCUAUUUUGCUCCUCGCAUUAAUAACCUUUCUUAGAUUUAGAGUAGCAUUGUGGCUAAAGCUCUGAGUACUGUGAACAACCUCUACAAUAGCACUGUACUUGAAGCUAUUUCAAUUUUUUGUGUCUUUGUAUGUAAAAUAUCUCUUCCCAGAACAGUUGAUUUCUACAAUUACAGUGACUCGUGUAAGAUUUCAAGAAAUACGUCUUUUAACUUCUGUUGAUCUAGAGCUCUGUUUUGGUUCUUUCUUUCUUUCUUGCAACAAGUUCUGGUAAACCGUUAGUUC